GAAAAAUAACAAAAUGCCAGCCAUUUUUUUUACACACUUUGCAAAAAAAAAUAUAUAUAUAAAUAUAAAUAACUACUGUUUCUAUUGACAAACGAAUAACUUGACUUUUCUUUUAUUCUCCUCUAUUUUACCAAUUUGCACUUCUUUUUUUUUUUUUAUAAUUCAUUAUUAAUCGCAUUCUUCCUAACGUUGGUCAAAUAAUAAAAGGAUAUUCAAAAAAAGGGAGACUAGUUAGAAUGGCCAAAGACCGCUUUCUCGCCAAGGGCGUAGCCACAAAACGCCAACGCAACGGAAAACCAGUAGCACCGCGCAAGCAGCAGGGAGGAUCAGAGCAGCAGGGUCGGCGUCCCGGAAACAAGGCCCAGAAUGGUCGUAAGGACAACCAAGCAGAUGAGACCGACGACGAGGUCGGCGACAUCGACGAUCUCGAGCACCGGUUUGGCGCCGACGAAGACGAGAUGUCAUCUGAAGAAGAGGACGAGUUCCUCGAGACCGCAGCCGAGAAGCGCCUGCGUCUGGCAAAAAGCUACAUCAGCAAGAUCAAAGAGUCGACAGAGGCAACGGGAGACGACUACGACGCUGCGGAGAUCGACCGGGAUCUGGUCGCCGAGCGUCUUAUGACGGAUGCCCGCGAGAGAACCGGAAAGUGGAGCCGGCGGAUCGCCGAUCAGUUUGCCUACGACAUUGAUGAGUCGCAUUUGCGAGUAUUGAAGAACGGCCAUCGGCUGCCUGUGACAUGCGUUGCCGUGACGCCUAAUGGCCAGUUCGUGUACAGCGGAUCGAAGGACGGGUCUCUGAUCAAGUGGCAGCGGGAGACCGGAAAGCUGCUCAAGAUGUUCAACGGCCAAAAGAAGAAAAACCCCGCACCUAACCACAACCUCGGCCACUGCGACCAUAUUUUAUCGAUUGCCGUCAGCGGCGACAACAAGUACGUGGCGACGGGCGGCCGUGAUCGGCGUAUUCACAUUUGGUCGGUUGACGAGGACAAGCACUUGACGGUGUUCCACCAGCACAAGGAUGCGGUCACCGGCUUGGUGUUCCGCCGCGGCUCCAACCAGCUAUACUCUUGCUCGGCCGACCGCAUGGUCAAGCUGUGGAACAUUGAUGAGCUGGCCUACAUGGACACUCUGUUCGGUCACCAGGACAGCAUUGUAUCCAUUGACUCAUUGCAGCGCGAGAACGCCGUCACCACAGGUGGCCGCGACAAGACAGUCAGAAUGUGGAAGAUUGGCGACGAGACACAGCUUGUUUUCCGCGGUGGUGUCACAACAGACCAGCACCGCAUAACAAAGGCUCUGACCGACGACAGACACUCCGCUAAGCUCACUGCCGCUGAGUUGAUGCUUGCCAGUGGGUCGCCGUCGGCCAAGAAAAUGAUCGAAGCGCAUAGGGAUAUUCUUCGGCAGCUGGCCAGCAACGACACGCAGCUGUGCGAGUCGACUAUCGACACUGUGGCGAUGAUCGACGAGGAGACAUACGUGACUGGGGGAGACUCCGGCGCCCUGUCCCUGUGGAGCAUCCAUAAGAAGAAGCCUGUGUUCAUCCACCAUGUCGCCCACGGUAUUCACCCGAGGCUCGAGACUGAGGAGGAGCAGGGUGCAUUUAUUGUUCGCCCGCGCUGGAUCACCGCUCUGGCGGCUGUACCCCUGACGGACCUGUUCUUCUCUGCUUCGUCCGACGGAUUCAUUCGGAUGUGGCGCAUGCGUUCUGGAAAGACCCCCGGGUUUGAUUUGGUCAACGUUGUGCCGGUGGCCGGGUUUGUUAACGGCCUCUCGGUGCGCGAGCUGUCCCCUGCCGGUGACAUUUUGGCGACGAAGAAGGAUCUGAUUCUGGCGGCUGCCGUUGGCCAGGAGCCGAGACUGGGUCGCUGGGCCAAGGAAAAGGCGCGGAAUGUCGUCAAGAUAUUCCAACUACCUGCUACCUUAAAGGCUGCUCCCGCCAAUAUCUAAACACACACACACCCACCCCCAAAAAAAAAUUUAGUAUUAACGUGCGCAGGCAUUUCUACGACAAACAGGAGGUGCUUGGUCAAUUCUUUCUCUUUCUUUCAAUUAAAUACAUACACUUAUAUUU